AUGCCCCUGAACACCGAAAAGAAAGAGUUUGGCCCCGAGGACGUGCCUUCCCAGGAAGACACCCAGAAGCUCCAGGAGUCGAUCCGUGGCAUUUUGAACCCUGAUGGCAAAAACGAAACCAUGGAUGGUUACAUCAACAACACCUUCAGCUACGUCCAAGACAUGUUGAACAAGGUGGCAAACGCUCAGGACAAGGACGCUGCUUCCAAGGAGAUUGCUGACGACAUUGUGCUGAAGUUCAAGGGCUGGGCUGAUGGCCAGAAGCAGGACAGAGAAGAUCGCCAGAACGCCAGGGUAGAGGCUCAGGGCAAGGAGCCCCAGGCUAAAGAGGAGCAAGGCAUUUCUGAAAAGGAUGCUUAA